CUUCCAAGAGACUCAACACGUUUCAAUCAAUCAACCACCUGAUAUCGCCCAUCCAUCAUGUCUGAAAACGCCAUUCACUCUCUCGCUGAUCCUUCCAUGCUGGAACAGAUCGACCACCUUUUUGCCUGCAACGUCGGCCACCACAUCGAUCUCCCUCAAAUCGUCGUCGUCGGCGAUCAGUCCAGCGGCAAAUCCUCUGUCCUCGAAGGCCUUACACGCCUUCCUUUUCCGCGCGACAGCGCGCUGUGUACCCGGUUCGCUACUCAGAUCAUCUUCCGUCGCGCGCCCGUUCAGUCCGUGUCUGUAUCGAUUGUUCCAGGGAAAGGCUCCUCUGACAACCACGUUGAAACUUUAAAGGCCUGGAAGAGAGAUGAUAUCGAGACACUCGAAAAAGAUGUAUUCGCAGAAGUUAUGGAUGAAGCCCACGAGGUCAUGGGCAUCUCAAGAGGCUUGCAACCCCUAAGGACUUUCUCUUCGGAUGUCUUAAGGAUCGAAGUUACGGGACCCGAGAAGGAACAUUUCUCCGUCAUCGAUGUGCCGGGAAUCUUCCAAAAUACCGGAAAGGGCAAUGUGACGAAGGAAGAUAUCAUUUUUGUAAGGAACAUGGUCGGCGGGUACAUGAAGAACUCACGCUCCAUUAUGCUUACCGUUGUACCGGCGAACGCGGACCCUGCCAACCAAAGCAUCCUACAGAUGGCCGAAGAUGUCGAUAAAGAGGGCCGAAGGACUUUGGGGGUGUUGACGAAACCAGACCUUGUGGACAAGGGUGCAGAGCAAAACGUAAUCGACAUGGUCCUCAACAGGUCACACGUAUUGCGCUAUGGAUGGUUUAUGGUCAAGAACCCUGGACAGUCGGAUCUGCGAACACCAAAUUUCGACCGGUACAUGGCUGAAAAGAUCUUCUUCGAAACUGAAGAGCGCUGGAGAGGCCUGUCAUCAGACCGGUGCGGUGUAGAUGCCUUGAGGGAUCGGUUGCAGGAGCUUCUGGCCAUUCAUAUUCAACAGGAAUUUCCAAAGGUCAAAUCCGAAGUCAACAAAAGCCUCAGAAGGUGUAGAAAGAAUCUGGAUGCCUUGGGACCAAGGCGCGAUACUCCAAUGGAGCAGUCCCGGUUUCUCAUCGACAUGGCAACUCGUUUCCAGGAGGUAACUAGCAAAGCCCUCGAUGCAAAGUAUGUCGACGACUGUUUCACAAAGCAUUCUGCACUCAAAGUUGCUACACUGGUUGCAAACCGCAACGAAGCCUUCUCCACUGAGUUUGAGAAGCAUGGCCAUACCUACCAAUUCAAAGAAAACUGGAGUGAAGAAAAGCAAGAAGAUAGCGAUGUUGAUGACAAUGACGAGGACGAAGAAGAGAAAACCGAAGACGAGGAAAGUGAAGACGAGGAAGACGAAGACGAGGAAGAUGACACAAUUGAUUUUGGUCACUCUGGCUCGUCUGACGGAGAGCGUGUGAUGGUAAAACGCACAAACGCCACUCGUCGCGGACUCUCUGCCCAACAUAUAUCCAAUUAUGCGGACGAACUGGAAGACAUCCUCUACUCGAAGAAAUAUCUACCGCACCCCAGAAGAAAGGGUGUUCUGAGGUGGUUGAAUAACAUCUACAUCAAUUCCCGCGGCUUUGAGCUUGGCCAAUUUGAUCCUUCUCUUCUAGCAAACACCAUGAAAGAGCAAUCUAAGAGUUGGGACCACUUGUCGUAUCGAUACAUCUCUGAUGUUGUGGAGACGACACACGAUUAUAUCAACACUCUUCUCCAAAUCGUUUGUCCAGACGAAGGCAUCUGCCAAAGAAUCAAGUCAGCCAUCAUGGAUGGCCUCAUGGAGAGAUACCAGAGAGCAUUCGACCAAGUCAAGUUCAUUCUUCAUGUGGAAAGACUCGGGACGCCCGCAACGCAGAACCAUUAUUUUAAUGACAAUCUGCAGAAGUUCCGCCAAGAUCGCAACCGCAAAGCCGCGGAAGGGAAAUCUUUCAAGCCCUGGGAAGACGGCGAAGCAGUUGUCUAUCUCAGCGACAUCACCCAGACGCAAUCGAUGAGCAACAAAGCCCACACUGUCCAGGAGCUUCACGACAUCCUGAAGUCAUACUAUAAGGUGGCUCGAAAGCGCGUUGUGGAUACGUUGUGCAUGCAAGCUGUGACCUACCACCUCAUUUCUGGUCCAGACACACCGCUCAGGCUUUUCUCCCCAAACUUCGUAAGCCGGCUUUCGGCUGAAAAGCUGGAUGAGAUCACGAGAGAGAAUUCAUUGGUUAAGCAUCGACGCGCACAGUUGCUCAAAGAAGCUGAGGACUUGGAAAAGGGAAAGAUGAUUCUGUCGCGGUAACGUCCUGAAAUACUUUCAACAAGGUGACGAAGAUUGAGACGCGAAAAGGUUAUGAACAAUGAAACUGUUUUACGUAAGGCCCUAUUCAUAUGAAAUACAAUCCUUUCUAGAAACAACGCAUUUGUUUGUACGUAAGAAUAAAAAGUUUCAUCAACCUUCC